GGGAGAGCGGAUAUAGUGAAUGCGGAUCCGGGGAGAGCGGAUAUAGUGAAUGCGGGGACCGGGGAGAGCGGAUAUAGUGAAUGCGGGGUCCGGGAAGAGCGGAUAUAUUGAAUGCGGGGUCCGAGGAGAGCAGAUAUAGUGAAUGCGGGGUCGGGAGAGCGGAUAUAGUGAAUGCGCGGUCCUGGGAGAGCGGAUAUAGUGAAUGCGGGGGCCGGGGAGAGCGGAUAUAGUGAAUGCGGGGUCUGGGGAGAGCAGAUAUAGUGAAUGUGGGGACCGGGGAGAGCGGAUAUAGUGAAUGCAGGGUCCUGGGAGAGCGGAUAUAGUGAAUGCGUCCUCAGGUGACACACAGAGAU